AUGACUGACGCUCCAGUGGACUCCUUUGCGUUUAAGGAGACACGUGGUAGCCCUGACGGAGCUCAUGCUCAAAGGCUACACCCAAUAUCGACCUCGACCAGUUCGAAGCUCGGCUCGCCCUUUCCGUCCCCCACCGAUACCAAACAACCGGCUCCUGCCAAUCAGGACCAGAUGGAAGCUACGGGAAAUGACAGGGGAUCGGUGAGCCAAGGCUUGUCGAGAGAAGUAGGAUUGCCCACCGAAGAGAGCAACGGUAGCCGACUAUCUCCAACCCAACAAAGUCCGGCCGGGGACAGUCAUUCGCAGGAUGCCCACGGACAAUUCAUGCCUGCCGACGAUAGACCGCAUUCAAUGACUCGGCACAGACAGCAAUCGUCCCUCCCAGGGUUCCCCCAACCCUCCCGGAUGGAGAGUACUCAACCUCGAGACACUGACAACGAAGGCGCUGAGUUGUCACAAUCCAGGCCACCGUCAUUUCAUUUGCCUCCCACUCCCGGUCUGCAAGCGGACAUACAGUUGCAGAUUUCCGCCCUGCCCCGGCCGACUCGACACCCGGCGAGGAACGAGGGGAAUUUCGAUUCCCCGCGCCAUUGCCAGAAGAGGGAAGUGACAUCGAUGCCGAUGCAGAGGAAAGUGGUGCAGAGCAACGGGAUCGCCCCGAAGAGGAAUAAGAUUCUGCGACGCCGGCAACAACAGGAAGAAGACGGCAACCGUACUGCUCCUACGACCCCCAAAAACACACGGCGACCAUCCUUCCACUUCUCUUCGUCUUUUGCACCUUUCGAGGCAUAUCGGCAGAACAUAUUCCCGCGGAGGGCGAGUACAACUGAUUUCACACCGCAAGUACGAGAAGGAGUCUCUGAAGAUGAGGGCCGCGAGAGACUUAAUCGCCGAAAGAAAAGCGUUGUUCGGCCGUGGGCAGGAGCUCGUGGAUUGUCAUAUGUGGGGCGCCAGCCGGAAGCAACUCCAGACGAGACUCGUCCAAGUCACCUCAGACGACUCACGGGCCUUGCUGGGCCGUCUGGAGAAAAUACCGACGGCCCCACGACGUCCUGGAGGCGUCAUCGAGCCGAGCGUGGUACCAGCGCCAGUGCUCAACGAUGGAGGCAGAUCAAAGCAGGCCUCAAAUUGAUUGGACAGCGUCGCAAGACGGACAACACUGUUGACAACAAGAAGUCCGCAGAGCUACUUGCCGAGCUUGCCUCGGCCGUCCCAGCCGCUCUUAUUCUGGCCAGUUUCUUCCAGCGUGACGAACACGGAAGCAAACGAAUUCCCAUCCUCUUGGAGCAGCUCAAGGUUCGUGUGACGGAUAGCCGCAUUGAUUCUCACUCCGGCGAUCGCCACCUGGUAUUCCGCGUCGAGCUUGAAUAUGGAAGUGGCAUGACUCGAAUGAAAUGGAUUAUCUUCCGGACCCUGCGAGACUUCGCCAAUCUUCAUUUGAAAUACAAACUCCACCUCGGAACACAGAAAUAUAUCCAGCUACGAGCAAGCGAGAAUAGCCCUAGCCUGCCUCGUUUCCCCAGAAGCGCUUUCCCUUACUUGCGUGGCGUUCGAGGCUUGGAGAGCGAAUUCGAAGAUGAAGACGAAGACGGAGCGUAUGAAACUGAAGCUGCAAGCGGCACAGAUAGGGUUGGAGGAAAGAAGAAAAAGCAAACACCGCCAAAUCAGCGCCGGCCCUCAGGUCCUCCCAGUCGCAGACAGUCUAGUCUCACAGGCCCUCGCGAUGGUGACUCGCUUGCAGCACUUCCCGAGGGCCAGGAUGGUCUUCCAAAUGGAAAAAGAGAGCCUUAUCCCGAGAGACAACGGAAGAAACUCGAAAUUUAUCUGCAGAAAAUGAUUCGUUUCUUGAUUUUCCGGGCUGACAGCAAUCGACUAUGCAAGUUCUUUGAACUAUCUGCCCUAGGGGUCCGGCUUGCUGCAGAAGGGAGCUACCACGGCAAAGAAGGAUUCUUAAUCAUCCAGUCCUCGAAGGGUCUGGAUUUCCGCAAGGCCUUGAACCCAUCGCUGAUCAAGAAACGCCAUUGGCCCAAAUGGUUCCUUGUCCGUCACAGCUAUGUCGUUUGCGUGGACUCCCCAGAGGAGAUGAACAUUUAUGAUGUCUUCCUCGUCGACUCCUCAUUCAAAAUCCAGACUCAAAAGAUGAGUCUCCGUAAUCAGAAGGCGAAGGAUCUGGCCAAAUCUGCGAAACAAUCUGCCCGACAUCCACAGCACCACACGCUUCGCUUGGAGAAUUCCGAACGCAAGCUCAAGCUGCUGGCUCGGAACGAGCGACAACUCCAACAGUUUGAAGAUUCUAUCCGGUUCAUGGCCCAAAAUACCCCAUGGAUGCGACCGAACCGGUUUGAUAGUUUUGCACCAGUGCGACAAAAGUGUUUCGCGCAGUGGCUUGUCGAUGCCCGAGAUCACAUGUGGGUGGUCUCAAGAGCGAUUAAUCAGGCCAAAGACGUCAUCUAUAUCCACGAUUGGUGGUUGAGUCCUGAGCUAUACAUGCGUCGUCCUGCCGCCAUCAGUCAGAAGUGGCGACUGGAUCGUCUUCUGCAGAGAAAGGCCCGUGAAGGUGUUAAAAUUUUCGUCAUAAUGUAUCGCAACAUCAACUCGGCCAUUCCAAUCGACUCUGAAUACUCUAAAUUCUCUCUUCUGGAACUUCACCCCAACAUCUUCGUCCAAAGAUCCCCAAAUCAAUUCCGCCAAAAUACGUUUUUCUGGGCCCACCAUGAAAAGUUGUGCCUCAUUGAUCACACAAUCGCAUUUCAUCAGUUGACUGAUGAUAAGCCUACUGGGUUUGAAACGACAGAUCUACCGAAGGACGCUGACCAUUGUCAAUUAUGGCCGGGUAAAGAUUACUCCAAUCCUCGAAUUCAGGACUUCUACGACCUUGAUAAGCCAUACGAGGAGAUGUAUGAUCGAAACGUCGUGCCUCGAAUGCCAUGGCAUGAUAUUUCAAUGCAUGUGGUGGGCCAGCCCGCGCGAGAUCUAACUCGACACUUUGUGCAGCGCUGGAAUUACAUUCUUCGCCAGCGAAAGCCGACGCGGCCCACGCCUUUUCUGCUGCCUCCUCCAGAUUUUGACCCUGCAGACCUGGAAGCGUUAGGUUUAGAUGGAACCUGUGAGGUUCAGAUCCUACGGUCCAGUAGUAUGUGGUCAACUGGCACCCCUGACGUUACUGAGCAUAGCAUCAUGAAUGCAUAUGUGAAGCUCAUCGAGGAAUCCGAGCACUUUGUAUACAUCGAGAAUCAAUUUUUCAUCAGUACGUGUGAGAUUGAUGGCCGCAAAAUUGAGAAUUUGAUUGGAGAUGCAUUGGUCGAGCGCAUUGUUCGAGCAGCCAAGAAUGGGGAGGCCUGGCGUGCUGUCAUAGUCAUUCCAUUGAUGCCAGGGUUCCAAAACACCGUGGACAGCGAAGGUGGCACCAGUGUGCGUCUCAUCAUGCAGUGUCAGUACCGCAGUAUUUGCCGGGGAGAGACAUCGAUUUUCGGCCGACUUCGAGCCUUGGGUAUUGAGCCGGAGGACUACAUUCAAUUCUUCAGUUUACGUACCUGGGGCAAGAUUGGACCGCAGAAACAGUUGGUCACUGAGCAGCUCUAUAUUCACGCCAAAUGCAUGGUCGUCGACGACCGAGCCGCUAUCAUUGGGUCGGCAAACAUCAAUGAGCGGUCCAUGUUAGGAUCUCGCGAUUCGGAGGUUGCUGCCGUGGUACGAGAUACUGACACGAUCACUUCCACCAUGGAUGGCAAGCCCUAUGUGGUUGGUCGAUUCCCGCACACCCUGCGUAUGCGUCUGAUGCGAGAGCACCUCGGAAUCGAUGUUGAUGAGCUUUUGGAACACGACUUUGCGACAGAGGAAGAACUCCGCAAGAUUCAGGAUGAUGAGGAUGGUACUCACCCAACGGGUGGCCAAGGGCGGCGCAACUCGCAGUCAUCAAUGAUGGACCGACAAGACGAGAGGGAUAUGAUCGAACGGCGUCAUCGUAUCCAGGACGAGUUCCUUUCCCGCUCGGAGGAACUGCAUAGCUUCAACCAUGACGUUGACUGGGAACAGGGUGCGAACCCUAACCUGAAAAGCAACCGCCGGCUUACAACAGACCCCCGAGUAACGGACAACUCCGAGCAUCAAAAAGAUGUAGAUGGCAAUGGCGCUGACCACCUGGCGGCCGCCGAGAAAGCCGGCCUGGGAGUUGCUCGAGAUUCGCAGAUGACCUCGAAUGGGCGGGAAGUCCUCCUUUCCCCGAUCUAUUCCGAAGGCAAGGGUACUAUUCAGCAGCCCAAACCCUCAAUCCCGCAGAAGUCCAGCUCGACCAGCAGGAAUGCCAAGGAGGCAUUGGCCGAAACCCCUCAUGAUAACGCAUCCAACAAUAACUCUGAUACCCCACAAGGCCAUGUUCCAUCUGACCCCUCGAGUCGCGAGUCAGAGACUGCUGGCCCAGGUCUGUUCGUGUCUAAAGAAAACCAUGAGACUCCCAGGUUUGGGCACCCGCUGCUCCCCGACCUGCGACGUAUCUUCAUUGAUAAGGACUGCAUGCGCGACCCAGUAAACGACGCGUUCUACUUGGAUACUUGGCAGGCUGUGGCUGAAAAGAAUACUAAGAUCUAUCGGUCUGUUUUCCGCUGCAUGCCAGAUAGCGAGGUCAAGAACUGGAAAGAGUACAAGGAGUACGCCGCGUAUGGUGAGCGGUUUUCAGAGAUGCAAAGUCAACAACAGACUAGCAAGACUACCAGCCAACCUCCAAAGCAAACCGGCACUUCUUUGGCUUCACCUGUCUCCCUUGUGGCCUCUAAAGCGGACGGACAACCUGUAGAUGAAAAGAAGGAGCUUUCUGCAUCUGACAAGAACGAUUCCGAUCGACCGCACUCUCCUCAACAAGAAACAUUAUCCUCGAUUGAUGAGAAAACCGCCAUGAAGGCAGCAUCCGACCCACAUCUCUUGAGCAAAGUGGAAAAUAGCCAGGAGGAAGGGCACCCUGUCACCGGGGCUGAUAUUGAGAUACCCCGUUCCAACUCAGUGCAAGUUGACUACUCCGAGGCGAUCAAUCUCAAUGCAUCGCAUUCUCGCAGGCGUCGCCGCCGCGGAACUACAACUAGCUGCAAACGCGAAUUUCACGCUGCGGACGAGAUGUUGGAUAAGCAACGUUCGGAAGAGCUUCUCAACAAAACCCAGGGCCACCUCAUCUUGUGGCCCUAUGACUGGCUCGAGAAAGAGGAACAGGGUGGUAAUUGGCUCUAUGCGUUGGAUCAAAUUUCGCCCCUGGAAAUCUACAAUUAA